UCGCUUCAUUUCCGAUUCGCGCUUCAGCAGCGCAAAACACCACUGGCGGUCCACGUGUGUGCGCGUAAUUUGUCUCUGUAAUUCGCUAAAAAAAGUACCUCCCCACAGCCGGUUGAUAAAGUAACCUCAACCUCAGUCAAUCGAGAAGGCGCGCGCGCGCCGACUUUGCCAAACAAUUGAGGCAUUUUUUUUCGUUAGUCUGUCUAAAUUUUGUUCAGUGUUUGAACAGACUGGAGAGCGCGUGGAUCGUUACAAAGUUUGCUCUUGAAGCCUUGCUUGGAAUCAACAGUGUUGUCAACAGUUUGAAGUUGUUUGGUGUUUAGUUUGCGAAUCGAGGACCUCCGCCGGACUGUGGAAAGAGAGUCGGCGCUUCUUCAAAAGAAUUCGAAUCACCUGCAGUUCAACCCGUUGAGCAGUUCAUCGGCCAAGCCGACCGGUUAUUGAUAAGUCGGUGCCUCAGACAGUGGCCAUGACAGUGAUUUGGGCGCAAAAGUUUGGGGGCUUUUGACGAGAUAGCGCAGCGUGGCGCGACGAGUUGACUAAUUUGUCAUCGUGAAUCAGGUUUUUGCGGGGAAUGUCACACGAUUGGCACUAGUGCUGUUUGAAGUUUUGAAGGUGACACAGUUCAUACCACGAUGGUGAUAACGAGAAGAAGGACAAGUGUUUUGGCGGUUGUAGUACUGCAAGUUCUGGGCAUGUGGGAUGGAGCGAUGGCAUGCUCGAUGCCAACAGUGCCGUACGUCUCACGCGACGUCUGGAGUGCCAACCCACCCCGGACGGUGGACAAAUUCCCGGGUCCGAUUCCGUUCGUGAUCAUCCACCACACGUACGAACCGGCAGCCUGCUACACCCCUGCCGAUUGCUGCAAGGCCAUGCAGGCGAUACAGCGCUUCCACCAGCAGGAUCGAGGCUGGAACGACAUCGGCUAUAGCUUCGUGGUCGGAGGCGACGGCCGGAUCUACCAGGGCCGAGGCUUCAACGUGGUUGGCGCCCACGCCCCACGGUACAACGACAAAAGUGUCGGAAUUUGUCUGAUUGGGGAUUGGAGGGUGGAUCUUCCUCCGGAAAACAUGCUGGCGUCCGUACAAACGCUAAUCGAUUAUGGUGUGCGGAUGAACAUCAUUGCUAGCAAUUACACCCUGAUUGGGCACCGCCAGACGAGGCCAACGGAGUGUCCCGGCGAUCGGUUGUUCAAGGAGAUUCAAACGUGGGCCCACUUUUCGCCGAUGAUGGACGUGGUUGAUCCGAACAGUAUUCCAACGUAGACUGAAUUGGGUAUGUUUAAUUUUAAGAAUUUCAGUAAAUAUUUAUCAGUGUAACUGUA